AUGGAUACAUUACCAAUAGUUGUAUUACAAGUUAUAGUAUAUCAUUCAGAUCCAUUGGAUAGGGUGUGCUUGUUGUUGACAUGCCAGAGAUUCAAGACAACGUUGUUGUCUAGGAAGUUGAAUGAAUGGUCAUCGGCGGAUGACAGUAAGAUAUACCUGUCUGGUGAGUCUACUGAUCGUAGAUCACUGUUUGCCAGAGGUGACGAUAUGGACUUUGGUCUCGAGACCCUACCGCCAUCCAUCACCAGUCUAACUUCGGUCUUUCACCGUGAUCAGAUCGAUGACUAUGAACAGAUGGCGAUUGACGAUGUUCUACCACCAUCACUCACCUACCUAUCGUUCAGUAACAAGUUCGACCGAACCAUUCCACCUGGCCUGCUCCCAUCAUCAAUCACAUCACUCUCCUUUGGCAGCCAAUACAAUCGUGUGAUCAAUGUUGGGGUGUUGCCAGCGUCGCUCAAAGUGCUCUCAUUUGGAAGUUGGUUCAAUCGCCCAAUCAUACCCGGGUCGCUACCAGACUCGUUGACAGUGCUCUCCUUGCAAGGCUUUAGGUACAACAAGCCAUUUGACAGUCCUGGAAUCAUCCCUCGCUCACUGAUCACACUCAAACUUGGUUCAAGUUUCAAUCAUAGUCUGUUUGGGAUACUUCCAUCGACACUCAGGACAUUGGGACUGGGCUACAGCUUUGAUCAAGAGCUCAGUUGUGAUUGGCUGCCAGACUCUUUGACCGAGUUGUGUUGGGACCCCAACGCCCACCUGCCCUCAUUCUCUAAUCAACUUCCAACCUCAAUCAAGUCGCUAAAGUUUGGAGCAAUGUAUAAUAGAGUGUUGAUACCUGGAUCCUUGCCACGCGCAUUGGAAUCUCUCCACUUUGAGCGAGACUACAAUCAAGUGAUCAGUACAGGUCUCCUGCCCUCGACCCUCACCUCACUCCACUUUGGAAUGGAUUUCAAUCAGGUGAUCACUGAGGGCAUGUUACCAGAAUCAUUGAUCGACAUCCAGUUUGGAUAUGACUUUGAUCAAGUGAUCAAUCAUAACACAUUGCCAUCGACCAAUCUACAAUCAUUAUCAUUUGGAAAGGGAUACAAGAAGCCAAUCUCACCAUACACGCUUCCUGUAUCACUCACAUCACUCGCUCUGCACAAUCCAAAGUAUCAAGAGGACAUUGGACCCAACGUGCUUCCACGAUCAUUGGUCAAGUUGGACGUUGGAUCAGUGAUGAUCAAGAAUAUAUCAUUUCCACCAGCAUUGAGGAUAUUGAAUCUGAGUCGUGGAUGGGACAAGUCACUGAUGACUCCAAUCCCAUCAUCAGUGGACACGAUGUGGAUUGUGGGCGGGAUGGACAAUCAAGACAUACCAUAUCUUCCAUCACUUUGUCUAAAUGUACUUCGAGUACAUCUAGUGUCAUCAAACAGUCGUAGUGGAUCACUUAGAACAAAGAUCUUACUCGAUCUAAUUCCAAAUGUUCAAACAUACAUCAUAACAUUCAGUUAUGAUUGGACCAUCCAAGAAAUGAUCAUUCGUCGCAUCAGUCCCAAAUCAGCAAUAACUCUAACUACAUACGAGGAAUUACCAUCAGAGCAUAUACUAAAUAUACUAUCACUAUGA